AUGGGCGUCCGAGACUCCGGCGAGGUGACGGGGACGCCCGACCCUGUUGAGAGAGGGCUCGCCACCAUCAACACCAUCACCCUCGGUGUGAAGGCCAUGGUGCAGAAGGAUGGCGAACUUCGGAAAGCCGAGAUUCUGUCAAUUCGAGAACGCAAGGGAGGGCUUUCAUUCUAUGUUCAUUAUGUUGAUUUCAACAAACGUCUUGACGAAUGGGUUCCGGCUGCACGUAUCGACCUCACACAAGAGGUAGAAUGGCCACGUCCUGAAAAGUCGGACAAGAAAAAGAGCGCCGCUAUCACUAAGGCCCCUAGCAAGAAUGUCCAGAAACAGCAGCGCGCCGACAGCCGCGAGGUAUCUGGAACCCCAGAUGCCUUUGGCAGUAAGAACCAGAAUGUUGCCAAGGCUCCCCGGUCUUCCAAGGCUGGGGGCAAAGAGAACCGUGAUACGCCUGGUGGCGAUGUUUCGAUGGCCGGGUCUGAGGUAGUCUCUGCUGCCGGGACGCCGAAAGUCUUGGACUCGGAGGAUCUUGAAAUGACAGAUGCCCCGCUCAAGGAUGAAGUCAAGACUGCAUCGGGUGAAUUGAUUACUCGUGAGGAGGAGAUUGAGCGGUUGCGUACCGGCGGUAGUAUGACCCAGAACCCGACUGAAGUUCACCGAGUGCGAAACUUGACCAAACUCCAAAUGGGCAAACACGAUAUUGAGCCAUGGUAUUUCUCGCCUUAUCCCGAUUCAUUUUCCGAUGUCGAUCUGGUCUACAUCGACGAGUUCUGUCUCAGCUACUUUGACAAUUACCGUGCCUUUGAGCGACAUCGUUCCAAGUGCACAAUGGUCCACCCGCCCGGCAACGAAAUCUACCGCGACGAAAACAUUUCUUUCUUCGAGGUUGACGGCCGUCGCCAGCGCACUUGGUGUCGUAACCUGUGUCUUCUUAGCAAGCUCUUCCUAGAUCACAAGACGCUCUACUACGACGUUGACCCUUUCCUCUUCUAUUGCAUGUGUACUCGCGACGAUACGGGCUGCCAUCUCGUCGGCUACUUCUCUAAAGAAAAGGAUUCUGCCGAGGGUUACAACUUGGCUUGUAUCACGACCUUCCCGCAAUUCCAGCGUGCUGGUUAUGGUCGUCUAUUGAUCGCUAUGAGCUACGAGCUCAGCAAGCGCGAGGGUAAACUGGGCUCUCCUGAGAAGCCACUCAGUGAUUUGGGUUUGCUGAGUUAUCGUCGAUACUGGCGAGAGACACUUGUCGAGCUAUUGGCGGAGCCAAAUCGUGAGGCGAUGAGUGAGAAUGAACUCGCUCUUCUCACGUCAAUGACUGAGAAGGAUAUCCAUGAGACAUUGCUCGUGAACAACAUGCUUCGUUAUCAUAAAGGAAACUGGAUCAUUGUUCUCACCGACCAAGUUCUCGACGAGCACAACAAACGCUUGGAGAAGGAGAAGAUCAAGGGCUCAAGAAGGAUCGACCCAGUCCGUCUCCAAUGGAAGCCCCCAGUCUUCACUGCGUCAAGCCGUACCUGGAACUGGUAG